AUGGUUAAUGUCCCUAAAACCCACCGGACUUUCUGUAAGAAGUGUGGCAAGCACCAACCCCACAAAGUGACACAGUACAAGAAUGGCAAGGAUUCUCUGUAUGCCCAGGGAAAGCGGCGUUAUGACAGGAAGCAGAGUGGCUAUGGUGGGCAGACUAAGCCGAUUUUCCAGAAACAGGCUAAAACUACAAAGAAGAUUGUGCUAAGGCUUGAGUGCGUUGAGCCCAGCUGCAGAUCCAAGAGAAUGCUGGCUAUUAAAAGAUGCAAGCAUUUUGAACUGGGAGGAGAUAAGAAGAGAAAGGGCCAAGUGAUCCCACUCUAA